GGGCGCGCCAUGUGGCGUCCAAUACUGAUCACAACCCUUUUGAUAUCGAGUAUCCGUGCUCGUUCCAAUCAAGUCAAGGAUGUGGCGACGGCUUGCGAUAAGAACUCUAUAAGCAUUCAUCUUGAAAUGGAAAAACCUUUCAAAGGUCUCGUUUUCAGCAAGGAUUUCUCUAGAGAAUGUCGAGUACAAGGUCAAAUGCACCCGAAUGUUUCUAUUCAGCUGCCAUCAAACGCGUGUGGUGUGAGAACAUCCACACUAAAUACCACAGUUGAGGAACCAGACGACCAUGACAUCUUGUACUACACUGUGGAACUGAUAGUCCAAAUGGACAGAAAGCUGCAGCAGUCUUCAGACCAGGAAAUAAUAGUUAGGUGUAAAUUGCAACCGCGUGCGGUACAGAUAAGCAGUUCCGCGCUGGAGGGCGUCAUUAAGUCCAAGCUACGAGAAAUUACUGGACUAGAAGGAAAACGCACGAGGACGGGGAGGAAUCGCCACGGCUGGGAGAAAGCAGAGGAAAUGGAACAGAGGCAACUGCUGUUGGAGUCAGCGCGUGCCUGGAUGGAGCUGGGGCCCGCCGUUGCUGGAUCUGAACCUGCCACCGUCGAGGUGGGCCAGCCGACCAGGCUACUCAUUCAGUGCACCUUACCGGUUGGGGUUGGUCUUAGAGUGACGAACUGCAUAGCUCACGACGGAUUAGGCGAAGCAUCACAGAAACUAUUAGACGAAGCCGGUUGUCCUAUAGACGAAGCCAUAUUCAACAAACCGACCCUGCACAGACAUAAACAAAAAGGCGAAGUGGAAGAUCUAGAACUAGUCAAUAAAUUAAAGAUGCCUCUUGAUAAAUCUGAUCCCGAUUACGUCAUUAAGAAUAUGAUGACUUACCAGCACGCCGUGACUACAUUUGCUGCUUUCAAAUUCCCUGAUCGAGCAAAGUUGCACCUUUCCUGUGGUAUAGAGUUGUGUAAGGGCGUUUGUCCUCAUAUAGACUGUCAAUCUCUGCAGAAACCGCAACAUACUAAAGAUGGUUUAGUACGGAAGGCUCGUUUAGACAAAGAGGCUAGAGGGUUGGUGAUUGAUAGAUUAGAAGUGUACAACAGUAUUGAAGUUCUCGCACCGAACAUUGAGUUGGAAGAUGAAGCUUCUAUAAGAGGAUCAAGAAGAGUUGACGGCGAUGAAAACUUUGUACGAGGAUUCUCUCCUGGAGAUAAAACAAUUUGUCUCUCACCCGGCAAAAUGGCUCUUGCGUUCUGUAUCUUAGGGAUUAUAUUUCUUUGCGCAAUCGCAAUCGCUUUCGCAUCACUGGUGCGAGCGAGACGGCGAGAUACCCGAGAACCGGUACAUACAUCUCUCUCUUUCUACACCGGCAGUAAGAGUAUGUUCUCUUCUAGUGGGAGCAGUAGUUCUGGACUGAGUGGAAGCAAACUCCUUUUGACUGAUAGUCCGUACUUAGAUCAUCAUUCUUCAUCUAGCAAUAACUGGCCAUAUAACAGAGCGUUUUAA